CGUCGCCGCGGCCGGGCGAGGUGGGCGGGGCUUGGAGGGGCUGCGGGUUAGGUUGCGCCGCCCAUGCUCAGCUGCCUUGUUCUCUCUCCCGGGGAGGGGGGGGCAGCGCCGCGAAGGGUGAGGCCGAGGCAGCCGCAGGGGAGACCCCAGCCGGACCUGGACUCCUACUCUCCCUUCUCCAUGAGGCCUGGUGCUGACUGACGUGACCUGCGGAGGCCCCGAUUGUGACACUCACUGGGGAGGGGAGCCCUAAACCCCUCCCCACUGUGACAGCCCCCUCUUCGUGGGCCCCCCCCCCCCGCCAUGGCUGACCCCAUCAUGGACCUGUUCGACGACCCCAACCUUUUCGGCUUGGACUCCCUGACGGACGAAGGCUUUACCCAGGCACCGCCUGACCCCAUCGAAGAGGCGCUGGGACUGCCGGGGACACUGGACCCCUCCCAGCCGACUCCGCCCCCUGCCGCAGAGCCUGUCCAACCAGAGACGCUGCCAGGGCAGUCGAAUCCCACGCCCGCCCCCCCCCAGCCGGACCCUCCGCAGCCAGGGCUCCCCCAGGGGCAGGAGGUGCUGAGGCAGGGGAACCCGUUCAUGGGCGUGUCCAGUGCCAGCACUGCCGUGGUGUCGUCCUCCUCCGUUGGGGGGCAGCAGCUGCCUCAGGCUGCAGCCCCCCUGUCAGCCCCCAAGAUUGUCAUCCUGAAGGCCCCGGCGGGCGGCUCAGUGACGGGGGCCCAUGUGGCUCAGAUCCAGACCCAGCCCCAGCCGCUGGGGGCGGCCAAUGGGGGCAAGGUGACCUUUGCCAAGGUACUGACAGGCACCCCGCUGCGCCCUGGUGUCUCCAUCGUCUCCAGCAAUGCCGUGCUGGCCACCAAGGUGUCCCCCUCGGGCGGCCCCACCACUGUGCACCGGCUGGUCCAGCCUGGUCGGCCCGUCAAGCAGCUGGUGUUGCAGCCCGUGAAAAGCCCGGCAGGGGGCACGGGGGCUGCAGGCGGAACACCCCUGAAACCUGCUGUGACCCUGACAUCCGCCCCUGCUCAGGGCGAGUCGAAGCGCAUCACCCUGGUGCUCCAGCAGCCGCAGGGUGGGGGCGGCCCCCCCGGGCAGCGCCACGUGGUGCUGGGCAACCUGCCAGGGAAGAUCGUGCUGCAGGGCAACCAGCUGGCGGCCCUGAGCCAGGCCAAGGGGGCACCGGGCCAGCCCGCCAAGGUUGUGACCAUCCAGCUGCAGGUGCAGCAGCCCACCGGGGGUCAGCCUGGGGGGCCUCAGAAGAUCCAGCUGCUGCAGCAGCCCCCGGCAGCAGGUGCCUCAGGGCAGCAACCUUCCCUGGCGGUCUCUUCCGUUCAGCAGGCCCAGGUGGUGGGCGGCCCAGGACAGAGGCUGACGGUGCCGCUCAAGGUUGUGCUGCAGCCGCAGGCUGGCUCGUCCCAGGGUGGCUCGCCUGGGCUCUCCGUGGUGAAGGUACUGAGCAGCAGCGAGGUGGCGGCGCUGUCCAGCCAUGGCACACGCGGUGGCUCGGAGGAGACCCGCAAGCUGGAGCACCAGAAGAAGCAGGAGAAGGCGAACCGCAUCGUGGCGGAAGCCAUCGCCCGGGCGCGGGCUCGGGGCGAGCAGAACAUCCCCCGGGUGCUGAACGAGGACGAGCUGCCCAGUGUGCGGCCCGAGGAGGAGGGCGAACGCAAGCGGCGCCGCAAGGGCGAGCGUGGGGGGCCCAAGGAGGAGAGGCCUCGCAAGGGCCGGGGCCAGGGGGGCUCUGGCAAAAGCAAGGGGCGCAGCAAGCCCAGCACCAUCACCCCCGUAGUGGGGAAGAAACGGAAGCGGAACGCCUCCUCUGAUAACUCGGACACUGAGGCCAUGCCAGCUCCAUCCCCCCGUGAGGAGGAGGAAAGCAGCGUCCAGAAACGUCGCUCCAACCGGCAAGUGAAGCGGAAGAAAUACACCGAGGAUCUGGACAUCAAGAUCACGGACGACGAGGAAGAUGAGGAGCUGGACGUGACGGGGCCAGUGCGGCCCGAGCAGCCUCCCGCGCCACAGCCCCCUGCCCCUGAGCCAGAGGGAGAGACCCUGCCCUCCAUGCAGUUCUUCGUGGAGAACCCCAGCGAGGAGGAUGCUGCCAUCGUAGACAAGGUGCUGUCCAUGCGGGUGGUGAAGAAGGAGCUCCCCUCAGGGCAGUUCACGGAAGCAGAGGAAUUCUUCGUCAAAUACAAGAACUACUCGUAUCUGCACUGUGAAUGGGCCACCAUUUCCCAGCUGGAGAAGGACAAGCGAAUCCACCAGAAACUCAAACGCUUCAAGACCAAGAUGACCCAGAUGAGGCACUUUUUCCACGAGGAUGAAGAGCCUUUUAACCCUGACUACGUGGAGGUCGACCGGAUCCUGGAUGAGUCUCACAGUGUUGAUAAGGACAACGGAGAGCCAGUGAUCUAUUACCUGGUGAAGUGGUGCUCCCUGCCUUAUGAGGACAGUACCUGGGAGCUUAAGGAGGACGUGGACGAGGGGAAGGUCCGUGAGUUCAAACGCAUCCAGGCCCGGCACCCUGAGCUCAAACGUGUGGCCCGUCCCCAGGCCAUCUCCUGGAAAAAACUGGAACUCUCCCACGAGUACAAGAACCGCAACCAGCUGCGGGAGUAUCAGCUCGAGGGGGUCAACUGGCUGCUCUUCAACUGGUACAACAGGCAGAACUGCAUCCUGGCAGAUGAGAUGGGGCUGGGGAAGACCAUCCAGUCAAUUGCCUUCCUGCAGGAGGUUUAUAACGUGGGCAUCCGGGGCCCGUUCCUGGUCAUUGCUCCCCUUUCCACCAUCACCAACUGGGAGCGCGAGUUCAACACGUGGACCGAGAUGAACAGCAUCGUCUACCAUGGCAGCCUGGCCUCCCGCCAGAUGAUCCAGCAGUACGAGAUGUACUGCAAGGACUCCCGGGGCCGGCUGAUCCCCGGCGCCUACAAGUUCGACGCGCUGAUCACCACUUUCGAGAUGAUCCUGUCGGACUGCCCCGAGCUGCGGGAGAUCGAGUGGCGCUGUGUCAUCAUCGACGAGGCCCACCGGCUCAAGAACCGCAACUGCAAGCUGCUGGACAGUCUCAAGCACAUGGACCUGGAGCACAAGGUGCUGCUGACGGGCACCCCGCUGCAGAACACGGUAGAGGAGCUGUUCAGCCUGCUGCACUUCCUGGAGCCCUCGCAGUUCCCCUCCGAGGCAGAGUUCCUAAAGGACUUUGGGGACUUAAAGACAGAGGAGCAGGUGCAGAAGCUCCAGGCCAUCCUGAAGCCCAUGAUGUUGCGGCGGUUGAAGGAGGAUGUGGAGAAGAACCUGGCGCCCAAGCAGGAGACCAUCAUCGAGGUGGAGCUGACCAACAUCCAGAAGAAAUACUACCGGGCCAUCCUGGAGAAGAACUUCUCGUUCCUGUCCAAGGGGGCGGGGCACACCAACAUGCCCAACCUGCUCAACACCAUGAUGGAGCUCCGCAAGUGCUGUAACCACCCCUAUCUCAUCAACGGCGCGGAGGAGAAGAUCCUGGCUGAGUUCCGGGACUCCUGCCCGCACUACGUGCCCCAUGACCUGCACCUCCAGGCCAUGGUGCGCUCAGCCGGCAAGCUGGUGCUCAUUGACAAGCUGCUGCCCAAGCUCAAGGCGGGCGGCCACAAGGUGCUGAUCUUCUCACAGAUGGUGCGCUGCCUCGACAUCCUGGAGGACUACCUCAUCCAGAGGCGGUACCUGUACGAGCGGAUUGACGGACGGGUGCGGGGGAACCUGCGGCAGGCCGCUAUCGACCGCUUCAGCAAGCCUGACUCGGACCGCUUCGUCUUCCUGCUCUGCACCCGGGCGGGCGGCCUGGGCAUCAACCUCACGGCAGCCGACACCUGCAUCAUCUUCGACUCGGACUGGAACCCCCAGAAUGAUCUGCAGGCACAGGCGCGCUGCCACCGGAUCGGGCAGAGCAAGGCGGUGAAGGUCUAUCGCCUCAUCACCCGCAACUCCUAUGAGCGCGAGAUGUUCGACAAGGCCAGCCUCAAGCUGGGGCUGGACAAGGCCGUGCUGCAGUCCAUGAGCGGGCGCGAGGGCAGCAUCGCCGGGAUCCAGCAGUUCUCAAAGAAGGAGAUCGAGGACCUGCUGCGCAAGGGGGCCUAUGCUGCCAUCAUGGAGGAGGACGAUGAGGGCUCCAAGUUCUGCGAGGAGGAUAUUGACCAGAUCCUGCUGCGCCGUACGACCACUAUCACCAUUGAGAGUGAGGGAAAGGGCUCCACCUUCGCCAAGGCAAGCUUCGUGGCCUCGGAGAACCGCACAGAUAUCGCCCUGGACGACCCCAACUUCUGGCAGAAAUGGGCCAAGAAAGCAGACCUGGACCUGGACCUGCUCAACAGCAAGAAUAACCUGGUGAUUGACACGCCGCGCGUGCGGAAGCAGACCCGGCACUUCAGCACCCUGAAGGACGACGACUUGGUGGAAUUCUCGGACCUGGAGAGCGAGGAUGAAGAGCGGCCACGCUCCAGGCGUCAUGACCGCCACCACCCCCUGCACCACUCAUACGGGCGUACGGACUGCUUCCGCGUGGAGAAGCACCUGCUGGUCUACGGCUGGGGCCGCUGGCGAGAGAUCCUGUCCCACGGGCGGUUCAAGCGGCGCCUGUCGGAGCGGGACGUGGAGACAAUCUGCCGCGCCAUCCUGGUCUACUGCCUGCUGCACUAUCGAGGCGACGAGAACAUCAAGGGUUUCAUCUGGGACCUGAUCAGCCCGGCUGAAAACGGCAAGGCCAAGGAGCUUCAGAACCACUCGGGCUUGUCAAUCCCCGUGCCCCGGGGGCGCAAGGGCAAGAAGGUGAAGUCCCAGAGCACGUUUGACGUUCACAAAGCCGAGUGGAUCCGCAAGUACAACCCCGACACACUCUUCCAGGACGAGAGCUACAAGAAGCACCUCAAGCACCAGUGCAACAAGGUGCUGCUGCGAGUGCGGAUGCUGUACUACCUGCGCCAGGAGGUGAUUGGGGACCAGGCCAGCAAGGUGCUGGCUGGUGCUGGUGCAAGCGAGAUCGACAUCUGGUUCCCGCUGGUGGAGCAGCUGGAGGUGCCAACCGGCUGGUGGGACGCUGAGGCUGACAAGUCCCUGCUCAUUGGGGUCUUCAAGCAUGGCUACGAGAAGUACAACACCAUGCGAGCUGACCCCGCUCUCUGCUUCCUGGAGAAGGCCGGGCGCCCCGAUGACAAGGCCAUCGCCGCAGAGCACCGCCUGGAUGUGGGAGAGGGGGCGGAGUUUGACAAAGACUGCGAGGACCCCGAAUACAAACCGUUGUCCGGGCCGGCCAAGGAGCAGGACGAUGAGGGUGAUCCCCUGAUGCUGCUGGACGAGGAGAUCUCGGUGGUGGAUGGGGAUGAAGGCCAGCCGGCCCAGCCCGGGCACCUGUUCUGGCCGCCGGGCUCAGUGCUCACGGCCCGCCUGCGGCGCCUCAUCACCGCCUGCCAGCGCAGCUACAAGCAGGAGCAGCUGAAGAUGGAAGCCGCAGAGCGGGGGGACCGGCGGCGCCGGCGCUGCGAGGCAGCUUGCAAGCUCAAGGAGAUGGUGCGCCGGGAGAAGCAGCAGCGGUGGACGCGUCGGGAGCAGUCGGAUUUCUACCGCGUGGUGUCCAGUUUCGGGGUGGAGUACGACCCUGACACGCUGCGCUUCCACUGGGGCCGCUUCCGGGCGCUGGCCCGGCUCGACCGCAAGACAGACGAAAGCCUCACCAAGUAUUUCCAUGGGUUUGUGGCCAUGUGCCGGCAGGUGUGCCGGCUGCCCCCGGCCGCCAGCGACGAGUCCCCGGACCCCACGCUGUUCAUCGAGCCCAUCUCGGAGGAGCGGGCCUCCAGGACGCUGUACCGCGUGGACCUGUUGCGCCGGCUGCGGGAACAGGUCCUGUGCCACCCGCUGCUGCAGGAGCGCCUGGCCCUGUGCCAGCCACCGGGCCCUGAGCUGCCCACCUGGUGGGAGUGCGGGCGGCACGACAGGGAGCUGCUGCAGGGGGCAGCACGCCAUGGGCUGAGCCAGACCGACACCACAAUCAUGCAGGACCCCGACUUCUCCUUUCUGGCUGCCCGCCUCAGCUACUUGCAUGGCCGGGCUGGGACGCCUCAACCCCCUGCAGGGGGUGCUGGAGCAGCCACCGCCUCCCCCCUGCCCCCCACGCCCGAGCUGCCGGCCCCGCUGCUGCCUGUGCUUCUCCCCAAGCCUGACUCAGCUGAUGACUCGGACUCGGAGCUCGACCUGGGGAAGCUCUCGCCCUCCACAUCCGGGUCGUCGUCGUCGUCCUGCUCGGAGGACAGCGACGACGAGAGGGGCACCAUGCCAUGCGGGGGGAAGCUGUCCGAGGAGGAGUCCCUGCUCUCCCUGCCCACUUCCCAGGAGGGUGACUCUCCCCAGCCCACUGCCCCGGAGCUGCUGCUGCAGGAGCGGCAGCGUGCCCACGAGUGGCCCAAGGACCGGGUGCUCAUUAACCGCAUCGACCUGGUGUGCCAGGCUGUGCUGUCGGGGAAGUGGCCCUCAAGUCAGCGCAGCCAGGAGCUCUGCGGUGGCCAUGGGGGAGACCUUGCCCCCCGGCUGCCAGGUGACUACGCCAGCUCGCCUGCUCCCCAUGCCUGCCCCCAGGACGAAGCGCCAGCCCUGUACACCCGGCUCCGGCACAGCCCCGAGGAGAAGGAGUUCACUGUGCAGAUCAAGGACGAGGAGGGGAUCAAGCUGACAUUCCAGAAGCAUAAGCUGAUCCCCAAUGGCGCUCUACAUGAGCGGCACCCGCACCCGCUAGGCCACAAGAAGAGCAGCAAGAAGCUGGUGGAGCUGGAGCUGCAGUGCUUGGAAGGGCUGCGGGGCCCUGACAUCGACCUGGAGGCGCGGAUCCCGGUGGUGCACAAAGCGAAUGGGACAUUGCUGGUGGGGGAGGCGGCCCCACGCCGAGCUGAUCUGGAGGCCUGGCUACAUGCACACCCUGACUUUGCCAUUGACCCCCGCUUCCUGGCUUACAUGGAAGAUCGGCGCAAGCAGCACAAGUGGCACCGGUGUAAAAAGACAGGCACAGUAGAGCUGAGCUGCCUGCCGGGGUUGGAGCAGGGCCCUGGGGCCAGUGGCUCCCACAACGGCAAGAAGGGCUUCAUGACUGACCCUGUGAUGAGCCGGCUGUUGCCAGGGCCAUUGGAAUCCGAGGGGGGCCUGAAACAGCUACGGGGUCGCCGGGCUGGUGUGGAGCUGUCCAAGAUGGUAUCCCUGAUGGGUGGGGCUGGGCGGAGCCAGCUGGGGGCUAUGGGGCCCCUGUCUUUACAUAGUCCCUUCCAGCCUGGACCAGCCCCUGGCUCUUCCCUGUCCUAUAUGCCCUUCCCUACAGCCUCCUCCUCUGGAUCCCUGCUGCACCCAGGGUUGGGCCAUGGCAGCUAUCCCCCAGGCCCGCACGUGCACCUGGGCUCCCUGGGGCACCCGCAGCCUGAUGAGGAAGAGGAUGAGGAGGAUGAGAUAGAUGACUUAUCUCAGGGUUACGCCAGUUCAGAACAGGACUUCUCCCUGCUCGAUGACCCCAUGAUGCCAGCCAACUCGGACUCCAGUGAUGGUGCUAAUGACGGGGGCGACUGAGCUGAACAGAUGGAAGAGGGGACUGGAACUUACUGACUGUGUGGGGGAUGGCUGGAGUGACCCUAUGGUGGGCCCUCAGCAUCCAUCAAACAAUCCUCUUCCCCUACUGGGGCUCAGUGUACGGGGGGGGGGACUCUGCCCUGGCCUGGGAUGAUGGGAAUGGGCACAGACCCUGUCCUGGGGCAGGGGAGCCUCCCUGGGCUAGAUGUAUGUGGGCUUGGCCAGUAAAACUGCACCCCAGUAUGAGGCCCCAGCUGGGGUCACCUCCCAACCUGCGGCAUUAUCGGCCAGUGUGCAUCCCUGCUCCUUACUUGGCCUUCAAGGGGUGGCAGCCCCUAUCCUCAGCCCCAGCUGUGCAGGGCUCAAUGCUGUAUUGUAUGGGGGGGGAGGGGGGCUAUAUUUAUAUA